AGGCGAGGCUGCGGUGUCGGCUCGGAUGCGCCCUUUCUCCUGCCCUCGCCAGCUCCAGGCGACCCGCUGAGAGAUGGACUUGGCAGGCGUGCUGCUGGCGCUGCUGCUCGUGCUGGUGCUGGUUGUCUCUCUGCUCUCCAACCUCCUGGUGCUGCUAUGCUUCAUCUACAGCACGGAGAUCCGCAAGCAGGUGGCCGGGGUUUUCCUGGUGAACUUAUCCUUCUGCAACCUGCUCCUCACCGUCCUCAACAUGCCUUUUACCUUGCUGGGGAUCCUGAGGAACCAGCAACCCCUCGGGGGCUGCGUCUGCAAAGCGGUGGGUUUCCUGGAAACUUUCCUGACUUCCAACACGAUGCUGAGCAUGGCAGCGCUCAGCAUCGAUAAGUGGAUUGCCGUGGUGUUCCCCUUGAGCUACACCAGCAAGAUGCGGUACAAGGACGCCGUGAUACUGAUGGGCUACUCGUGGCUCCACUCCCUCACCUUCCCCUUGGUGUCUUUGUUUUACUCGUGGGUAGAUUACAGCAGCGUUUAUGCCUCUUGCACCUUGCACCUGAAGGAAGAGACGGAGCGGAGAAGGUUUACAGUGUUCACCAUCGUCUUUCACUCCACCAGUUUCAUGCUGUCGCUGGUGAUCUUGUGCUUCACCUAUUUAAAGGUGUUGAAAGUUGCCCGGUUCCACUGCAAGAGGAUAGACAUUAUUACCAUGCAGACUCUGGUUUUGCUGGUGGAUAUCCACCCCAGUGUGAAGCAGCGCUGUCUGAACGAGCAGAAGAGGAGGCGGCAGCGGGCAACCAAGAAAAUCAGCAUUUUUAUAGGGUCCUUCGUGAUCUGUUUUGGUCCUUACAUUAUCACCAGGUUGAUAGAGCUCCUUCCUUUUGUUACCAUAAAUUACUACUGGGGAAUUAUAAGCAAGUGCCUCACCUACAGUAAGGCUGCAUCGGAUCCAUUUGUUUACUCCCUUCUACGUCAGCAGUACAAGAAAGUCCUGAUCAACAUGGUCAACAGGAUCCUGAAGAGGGACCUGUACCCAUCCUCGGGCUACAACAGCUCCCUGGACACCGAGAACGAUUACUGCUUGCACAGAACAAACUAACAACGUGCAGAGUCUUCUCCUGCAAGUGACACAAGCCUUUGCUGCUGCUGGAAAGCUGCUUCUUCCCUCUCGUGCUGACAGUGGUGACAGUGUCUCUGGGGGGGUGAAUGCUGCAUUAAUGCCAUGCAGUUCAACGUGGACUUCCAUGAAAGGCUCUUCCCUGGUCUCCAGCCAAGUACAAUGUAUGGCAAAGCCUUCAUCCUGAGCAAGUAGGCUUGAGGGGUUUGAGUAAAGCCUUCAGAGGCUUUAGAGAGAAGCUUAGAGAGCCUUUAAAGUUUCACAUCUGAAGACUUCAUAUGUCUUGGAGUGUUCCACAUCAGAUGUGGUGUUCCAGUGUCUUGUGGGACCACAAGAAUCGCCAAGUCAGAAGGAGAGGUUCAGAGCCCUCUGUGCUGCCUGUGUAACUUGGCAGCCCAGGAUCUGCUCUGUUAGUUUUGAACAUUACAAAUAAGUCUUUUAAUUGGAACAGGCUGCCCAGAGAGGUUGUGGAGUCUCCUUCUCUGGAGACAUUCAAAGUCCUCCUGGACGUGUUCCUGUGUGACCUGCCCCGGGUGAUCCUGCUCUGGCAGCGUGGGGUUGGACUGGAUGAUCCCUUGAGGUCCCUUCCAACCCCUACCAUUCUAACAUUAUGUGAAUUGAUUUGAUUUCUUGUCUUGGUGCCUCAAGUGAGUCAGCACUUUGAAUCUGAGGUUGUGGUUCUGAUUAUUUAUUGCUAAGCAUCAUGAUUGUAACAUAGCCUGUAGGAAGUGGUACAUCCAUUUGAUAUGCCAGUAUUCUAUCCAGCAUAACCAAAGCCCACAUAUCUGAGUUCCUAACUAUUUAGCUCUUCAGUGGUAUGUGAUUACAAUAAUUGCAGCAAAAGCAACAAAGACUUACAUGGGAUUUCAUUCAAUAGCACUGUAGUUCCAUCUCUGAGCUAGUGAUCCUACCCCGAACAAGCUUUUGUUCAGAAAAUGAAAACAAAGAGGGGAAAAAAUAAGAAUCAAUCAGCCAGUUAGUAGAAGAGACAGAUACCACUGUGGUUAACAUCUGCGACUUCAGCAGCUACCUGUUUGCAAUGAGCAGGCUAAAACCAGAGGAAUUCUUGGGAAGGGAUAGGUAAUGUGUAAAAUACUUCAUGCAUUUGGCUAGAUUUGGUGGCUUGUCAUAAUAUUGCACCACCUUUUCUUUUGUGUUGCUCAAUUAACCUGGUGAUUUUCAACUGAGACCGAGAGAUGUCUGACAGCUGUUACACAGACCUGCUGCCAAAUGCCCAGAAACACAAAGCUGCUUUAUUAUUAUUAUUUAUUAAUGAAUUAGAUGUAAUUUUUUUUCUCUCU